GUGCAAUACGGCAGACAUUAAAUGCCAAAGAAACCGUUCAGCGUCAGUUGGAUGCAAGCAGCAAUGGCGGACGAUGGAAGCAUUCCGUAUAACUGCGUGGCGUGGACGCUAAUAGAAGGCUACCCUUGGUCUCCAGUUUAUGUACUCGAUCCGAACCAAGUGCGCGAGAACUUGGAGAUGUUGGGUAACUCGCACCAAGAUCACUUGAAAAAGGCCCGAGAGUGGCCAAAUGUGUACCGACUGGUGUACAACUUUGGCUAUCACAACAUCUCUCUUCAGCGUCUGGGACAGUUCAUCAAACCGUGGAAUUGCCACGAACACCACAGGUUCCUCAAAGGAUAUCCCCUGGAAUCUAUGAGUGGACGAUUUGUGGUUCAGGCAUUUCAAGAGGCAUUGUACGAAGCUCAGACCUUUUUGCAAACGGAUGAACGGUAUCGCUUGCUACCCAACAUGACUGCAUCAGAUUUCUACCCGUCCUGCAACAAGCCUGCUCCUACAGUCAUGGCUCCCAUCCAAGCUUUAUCGUCGUUGCCAUCAGUUUUGCAAGGAAACCAAGAUGCUUAUUCACAUUCUCCAAGGAAUUUAUGCGGAAGCCACGUGGAAUCGUCGACUGGACAAAGCGAUUCGUUGGGACACAUCCUGGAUUCUGUACAACGUAAAGGAACUCAGCAGCAACUCAAAGCACCGUCAAUGCGAUAUCAUGCAUCACCGACCCCGCAAAUGCGAUCAGAAGAGCAGCCUGCGGCACCAUCACGAAGAACCAGGGCCAUGAUUCAACUCGAACAAGGCACGCACCAGAUGGAGAAGUCGCGACAACCUCAAAUUGCCCAAGAGUCACAACGACUCUCGCAUUUGACGUUGUUGCAUCAAGCGGCGAGUUUGAGACAAUCUCCUGCAAGGAAAUCUUCAUCGCGGCUGGCUGCAAAGGAAAGUCAUCAACCUAAGGACAAUACACCACCCAAAGAGGUCGAUUCACGGACUAUUCAGAAGUCAAAACGGUCCAAACCAGCCAAGACAGCGGCCAAGAAGCUACGAAUUGCAAAGACAAGAAAGCCACCAAGCCGCGCACGAAUCAAAGAUGCACAAUCCAGCCCAGUGGUACCAGUGCCAUUAAUCCCUACUGUGGUGAAGACUGCAGCUGCGAAUGUCGAGACAACAGUGUCAUAUUCAAGUCCACCAAGAACACUAGGAGAACUUCUACAUCCAACCACACAGUCAAAGCCACAACAUCAAACAGAAGAUAUUCGUAUGGGGCACCCGGUGGCACGUGUGGAUCUUAAUCUCGCUCGAAUGGGGUAUGCGAUCGAUGGAGUCAAGAUGUUAGGAAAUCCGAAUUCUUCCAAAGCAAGUUUGCCUGUUCAAUUUGAGCCAGAUAUACGCCUGUGCGAUCACAAGUUCAACUCGAUUGUGUGGGCAUAUAUUCAUGGCAUGUCGUGGUGGCCAGCAAUUGUUCUCGAUCCAUUUCAAGUGCGCUCAGCGUUAAACUACCUUGGCAAUUCGCAUGGCUUGCCACUAAAACGCUGCAAGAAAGACCCGAACGACUGUCGAUUGGUUUAUGUUUUUGGCCUUUAUGUGUUCUGGGCAUUAAAAUCGAAGAUCCGGCCGUGGAGAUGUUUCGACCAUGAGACUUUCCUUCAUGGCGCCGUAGCAUUGUUUGACACGAAUGCACCUAUGGUUGAUAUGUUUGCCGAAGGCGUUCGCGAAGCUGAGGCGUAUCUUGGCGCCCAGGUGCUUGAUCAAGUUCUUCCGUAUAUCGAUUCGUCGGAAAUUUCGUCGGCGGCCGUAAUGCUGCCGCCUGCAGAAGUCCAAUGCAAUACUGUGGCAUGGGCGAGGAGAGAAGGGGAUUGGUGGCCUGUAUUCAUAUGUGAUCCGCGGACAUUGCGAUUGAAUCUCUAUCAUCUCGGAAUUGGCGUUCUACAGCAGCUUCGAGUGGCACGAGGGCUUCCGUUCCACAACCGAAUAGUCUACUACUUUGGCUCCCAUGAAUUCGGUUUGUACAAGGAUGACAGUAUGAUCAAACGGUGGUUGUGUUCGCAACACACUGAAUUUUCGAAAGCACCAUCCAAAUCGCCGGAUGGAAUUAGCCUUGCUGACGCCGUGAAGGAAGUUCAGGAAUUCUUCGUGUCGGACGAAGGCAGCCGCGUUCUACUGUGCAAGUUCAUUGAUCGGGGUGCGACCCUGCCUCAACUGCAUUCGUUCACUGAGGGUGCAAAAAUACCUGAAUACGAUGGCCUUCGCAUCGUGUUUGGUCUGUAUCAACCAUCCUCGAUCCGUGCAAAAAGGGGUGAAGAAGGCGACAAUGCGCCUGUUCAGAGGUCAGAAAUUGUUCCAACACCGUCGAGCUCAAGCGCAGUUGGCUGUGGAAAUACAAUUUCACCAAUGAAGACUGUGCUACCAACAGUUCUUAUGCAACAUGGUUUGUAUCCCAUUUUGCUUCCACUUCCAUUGGAAAGAAUCUCUAUGCAACCCACGGAGGAUCAUCAACUCCAUGAGAAUGCUAUGGCAGAUGUCUUGACUGAACUUGUGGAUACUAACUGUAUGGCUAACUCAACGAUUGAGAUGGGAGAAACGAAAGGCGACACCAUCGAGUCUCCCGAGGCCAUUCAAGAAGCGACCGAAGCCAUAACGCCAGAGCAAAAUGUUCCUGACUUCAACUACGACAUGCUGGCCCUUGAAGAAAACAGCGAAGUUGAGCUAUCCAUUAUAUACACAGUGGAGGACCUCGUCGCAACAGUUGAAAUUCAAUGCACUGACGAAUCAAGCCAAUGGAAUGCCAAUGACACCGACGAAACCUCGAAUGUGGUGGACGGCGAAUACGACUUAAAUAGAGUCGCAUGGGCUCGCAAGUCUUCCAAGCACCCGUGGUGGCCAGUAUUUGUUUGCGAUCCUCGAACGUUUCGAUCGGAAUUGCAUUUCCUGGGAAUUCGGCAUCGGCGUUUAUUAUAUCGCGCACGACGAGACAUCGCUUCCAAGAGGCUUGUGUACUAUUUUGGACGGCACACAUUUGGUGUUACGUCGUUGCCGUUUCUAAAACGGUGGAACUCGAGCAGCCAUACAAAUUACGCAACUGGCCUCAACCCGAAUGGCGCUGCUGUCGACAUUUUUCUCGAAGCAUUGCACGAAGCUCAGAAGUGUCACGACUUGAAUGGUGCGCGUUGUGACCUGCCCUUUGUGAUGCCAUGGGACGUGGAUCUUUCCCGUGUACCUCCAACACCACCCCAAGACGCAGUUAAAUAUGCAAGUGUGGUUUGGGCGCAGGAAUCGGGAUCGUGGUGGCCAGUUUACACAUGCGAUCCAGACAUGUUUAGACCUGAGCUUCAAUUGGGUCCGGAGGAUGCACGUCUCCUGAGAAUUGCCGUGCAGCUUCCACAAUAUUACAUCCUUGUCUAUUUUUUCGGAAAACAUCAAUUUGGUCUGCGGCAACGAUUGGCUCUUACAAAUGGAUGGUUGUGUUGCAAUCACCGAUCUUACAUGGACCAAUGCCUUGAAAACGAGGGUAGCGUGUCCGAGCAAGCGCUGUCAGAAGCUGAGGAAUUCGUUUCGAAGCAUGAGCCGCACAAAUUGCCUUUCCAGUUGCAUCUAGUUCCUUCAGUGAAAACUUCAGCGUCACCUCGUCAAUUGAAAUUGAUGGGCAAAGUUCCAGUAGCAAGGACAUCCCAUCUUGACAGUUUUUGGCUGGCUGAGUGGAGAGAAGAAACUAAAGUUGCACGACAUGAAGCGGAAUUGAAAGCUCAUCGCAAAGAUGUAUACUCGUUCUUCAAAAAAAUGAUGCGCCUAGACAACAAUGACAGUGAUAGCUCCUUAAGUAGCAGCUCAGGUGUUUCAGUGCGCUCAGUUGACGAUUCCGACGAACCAGAAAGUUGUGAUACUGAGUGGGAGCACAGUGACCCAGAGUCCUCGAGACGAACUUAUUCGAAGGAACUGAAACUCGGUGGAAAGGCCAAGUCUCCUGGGCGUCAUACCACUCCAGAACCACCCGCUCUCAGCAGCAUUGUCAGAACAAGAGUCGUCAGCACCCCGAGAAAUCCUAUUUAUCGCCGAUUGUCUUGCAACGGAGGAAUCCAACGAACAGCUCACAUUUGGAAACACUUCAUUUGGCUGGAACACUUGGGGCGAUAUCACAACAACAAAUAUAUCGAAUGCCGGUUUUGUCGACAAGCUUAUGAGAAUCGUGGCAAUCGCGACAUUGCUCCUCCCAAAGUCCUUGUCAGUCAAGUUUCCAAGAUGAAGCAACAUUUGCUCAAGUGUCCGCACUGCAACUUUUCCCACGAAGACCUCGAAUCCCCAAACGAUGCAAAGCGUGCAAUCGAAAUGACUUCGACAGUUGAAAAACUGUCACAACGCAGUCGAAGGUCAUUGAGAAGCACAGCAGCCGAAGUGGGCAGCGACACGCACGGCACAGCUGAAGUACCUCAGCAGAAAGUCGAUGAUGAUAAAAGAGUACAAGUUAAAGAUUCAAUACCGCAGGUAGAGGCGUCAACCGAACCUGUCGCGAACAAGGAACCCGACAUCACUCCUGUGAAGGCUUCUGGCACCAUUCACAAUGACGAUAAUUCGGAAUUCGACCACGAAAUCCAAGUGCCGACUUGGCCAGCCCUUGCGACAUCAACAGCACCAGUCAAAAAACCGAAAGUGGAAAGUCAAGUGCUGAAGAAGAGAAAAUCACAAAAAUUCAUUGUCCUCGAUGGCGACUCCGACACCAUGUCCGACGAGAAUUUCAAGAGCCUGCGAAUGGUCGCGAAAGUGUGUUCAGUUAAGAAACGCCGAAAAACUGCAGAAUUGCCAGCUACAUCGGAACGGCCAACGACUCGAAAUGGACUCAUUCUGCCCCCAUUAGUUGGACAUCCAUUCAUUCGACCUAAAGAAAAGGAUCGAACAGAACCGAUCGAACCAAUUGUUGCGGUGCAGCCAACUCUCCCUAUGCCAAAGAAUGUUCAGCCAGAACCGAUCACACCACCUGUUGCGGUGGCUCCGAGCCAUCCUACAGUGGAGAGAGAGUUGUUGCUCCAGCGAAGGGUUUUCCCCCAACACCUUGCAAUUGUGGCUCCGCCAGUGCUGCCUACCCCGUCCGCGAAAGGCCUAACCGACUGGCAUGAUACUAUCGUUUGGGCGUAUGUGAAGGGGUUUCCGUGGGUUCCCGCAUAUGUUUUGAACCCGUUCAAAUUGCGUACCGACUUGCAUUUGCUUGGGAAAGACCAUGCGCCGACGCUCAAAAAUGCCAAGCAAAAGCCGCGGGACAAUCUCAUCAUAUACUACUUUGGAACGCACAACUUUGGCCUCAUCACAAAACCUUCGAUUGCUCUCCGACCAUGGCACUGCGACGAACGCUCCAAGUUUCUGAAGGGUUUUCCGAAGGCGUCUUGUCGGAGCAAAGCGAAAGAGGAGUUGGUUGAUGCGAUUGAAGAGGCAAAGUGCUUUGAAGCGGCUGACAAAUCAACGAGACUUUUGCCAUACAUGGUUCCUUCGGAUACUGAUCCUUCACGCUCCCCGCCUCAAGUCCAACCAGUCGCUGUGGAUUCCUUGGCCUGGGCCAUCUCCCAAGGAUAUCCGUGGAUGCCAGUCUAUGUGUGUGAUCCGUAUAAACUGCGCUCGAAUUUACAUUUUCUUGGUAAUGACCACUAUGACGACCUGAUGGAAGCAAGGUUGUCCCCAAAUUCACGGCUCGUGUACUAUUUUGGAUCGCACUGCUUCUGUCUGUACAAAAUGAACGGCUCUCUGAAGCCAUGGGACUGCCCGGAGCAAAACUUGUUUCGAAAGGGACAAUCAGAAUCGAUCUUGUACAUCAAACCAAGCAUUUUGGCAGAGUUCAAUGAAGCGAUGAAGGAGGUGGAGGAAUUUCUCUCCAUGGACGUCGAAAAUCGCGUGCUGCCCGAGAUGCACUCAAGUGACAUGAACCCAUUAUUACCCUCUCCCCAAUCACAAAAUUCUGAAAAUUGGGACGUUGGGAGCGACGCGAGUAUCCCAGAUUCGGAAGCAACAGUGUCGGACGGUGAAUCACGACAGGUCGAUCUUCAAACGAAUUCUCAUAAGAUGACCAAAGCGGUCAUUUCGGUGCGAACACGACAACCGAAAACCCAGGGUAACUCGAGUGUUGCCCAGCAGGAAACUCGAACAAAGGAUAAAGCUACACCAAGGCGCCCCCACAAGUCUCCACCGCUCUACAAGCCACGUAAUGCGCCGACGACGUACCCGAUCACUACGCCAGCAAACAAUGUCAUUGUGAUUGACAGCAGCAACGAAUCUGAGGACGCAAGCAACAUGAGUGUGAGUUCGGCUAAAGAAGAAGAAGAGCUCUCGCAACGAGAAAGUAGCGGUUCCGACAGCGAUGAAGGUUGUUAUGCUGCACGUCGUCAUUCCACAUGCCAAAUUGGGAAGUGAAAACAUUUUUCUAAAUGUUACAAAAUUUGAAAUAUUCGAGUAA